AUGUCGCACUUCCCCUUCCCUUUAGGUCUCUCCUCCCCUUUCCCCCAGGUUGCACUUCCCCUUCCCUUUAGGUUGCACUUCCCCUUCCCUUUAGGUCUCUCCUCCCCUUUCCCCCACGUCGCACUUCCCCUUUGCUUUAGGUCGCACUUCCCCUUCCCUUUACGUCUCUCCUCCCUUUUCCCCCAGGUCGCACUUCCCCUUCCCUUUAGGUCGCACUUCCCCUUCCCUUUAGGUCUCUCCUCCCCUUUCCCCCAGGUCGCACUUCCCCUUCGCUUUAGGCUCUUCCAGGGGUGGUUCCAAGGAGCGAGGGCGCUUCUAUCGUUCCCCUCUCGUCUCUGCGACAAGCUGGCCGCGCUGUCUGCACUGCAGGAGCGCGACUCGGCGCGCGCCGCCACUUGCAGAGCGGAGCUGCGGAACGCGCUGCAGCACAUUGCAGGUGGAAAGAGGCAGAGGCGGACUGCCAGACGUUGUCGUCGUCGUUGGUGCUGA